AUGCAGUCUUCGGCCGUCUCUGCGUUCAAGUUUGUCGGGACUGUGUCCCUCGGUCUAUUGACUGGCGUCUCGUACUCCGUCUCGGGCAUCGCCAUCCCCGCCAUCCUCACCCUCCCAUCCGCCCUGAGCGCCUCUCUCGCGCUCACCAACCUCACCUCGUACGCCCGCCUGCCUAUCCUCGCCCUCACUUCGCUCUCGUCGGUGCCCCUGCUCCUGUCGUACGCUCUCUCCCCCCGCUCCGCCCGCCACCCUUAUCUCAUUUACUCGUCGCUUCUGGCCGUCUUCUCGGCCGCCGCGCCUCUGCUCGUCUCCGUCCCCGAGGCUCCCGCCCGCCCCGAGCCUACAAGGAAGCAGCAGAAGCGCCCCGUUCCCUCACCUCGUCCCAUGGAGGCCAGCUACGAGGUCCUUGGUGAGGAGAUGCACGUCGCCGAGGAGGAGGAGGAGGAGGAGGAGGAGGGAACUGUUAUUAACGAGCAGGACGACUAUCUCGAUACCGUCAACGGUGAAGAGAUUCGCGCCGAGGCUCUCGGCUCUUCCAGGACUCAUGCCGUUCGCACGGGCCUUGCAGCUGUCGGUUUCCUCAUGUCUGUCGUGGGUAUCUGGGGCGACGGCGUCUCUGGUGGUGCCGUCUAUGUCCUGUAG